GACCACAUUUUGGAUGCCAACCGCUGUUAAUCUCCCGAAGAAGAAGACCAUUUCCUGGUCUUGCAUCUGAUGUGUCUAAAACAGUUUUAGUGGAGGUAGCUAGACUUGGGAGGACAUUUUUCAUUAGAUAGUGUAUGUCGGAUUAGAUUUCCCUCUCGAGGUGGAAGGCACUUAAAAGAUUCGUCGGCUCACUUAUUUAUUACGUUUUUUUUUUUAAAGGUUCUCCAUUUCACGUUUUUGUUAGUGUUUGUUUUCUUUACUUUGGUAUAUUCUCUCGUGUACAUGGUGACAAGAUGCUGGAUUUCUUCACCAUCUUCAGUAAGGGAGGCAUAGUGUUGUGGUGUUUUCAGGGAACCGGUGUUACAGAAUCCUUCACCGGUCCUGUCAAUGCGCUGAUCCGCUCCGUGAUCCUUCAGGAACGCAGUGGCAACAAUUCCUAUACUCAUGACGCCUUGAGUCUUAAGUACAAACUCGAUAAUGAGUUUGAGCUGGUUUUUGUGGUGGGUUUUCAAAAAAUCCUGACGCUGUCGUAUGUUGACAAGUUCAUAGAUGAUGUACAGCUCCACUUCAGGGAUCGCUAUAAGAAUGAGCUGGAGCAAAAGGGGGCCCGUACACUGUUGAGCAGCUGUUUUGCAUUUGAGGAUGACUUCAAAAUGCUUCUUUGUGAGGCGGAGGAGAGCAGCAAAGCUCGAGGUCCUACCUCCAUGAGGAGCUUCAAUGCUUCCCUGAAAUCCCAGAAAACUGUGAAGUCCAUGAUCGAGACAAAGGGAGGGGAUAAGGGCAAGGAACAGGGUGGAAAGAAGAAUAAGAAUGCCAAAAAAGAAGCUCCUGCUGCUGAGCCUGUGAAAGGGGAACAAGCCAAGGCUCCAGCCAGUGCCCAGAAGACAGUGGAGAAUGGUAACCAGGGCUUGACCCAGGAGGAGAUCAUUCAGAAGAAGAGAGAGGAGUUUAUACGCAAGCGCAUGUGGGCACCUGCGGAGAAGCCCAGUAAGUCCCCCAAACCUGCGAAGGAGAAAACCAAGGGGAAAGAGAAGCGGGUGUGGACCUUGGGUGGCAGCAGCACCAAGGAACUGGACUACAGCCAGCGCAAUGGCAACGGUGCCCAUGCUACUGGGGACCAUGUCCUGGAUGCUCAAGCUGACCCGGGGAUGCAGCUGAGCUCGAUGAAGGGAGACCUGCUCGCUGUGGAUUACGAGUCCAGCGAGGAUGAGGAGGAAGAUGCGGUGGAGAGGGUGGUAGUUGCUGACACAAGCAAACAAAUCCCCAAAAAGGGUACUUUUGGGGGGAUGUUUGGGAUGCUCAAGGGCCUGGUGGGUUCCAAGAGUCUGAGCCAGGAGGACAUGGAGCCAGUUCUGGACAAGAUGAGAGACCACCUCAUUGCUAAGAAUGUAGCAGCUGAAAUUGCCUCCCAACUCUGUGACUCUGUAGCCAAGAAACUGGAGGGCAAAGUCAUGGGUACCUUCACCACUGUGGCAUCAACAGUAAAGGGGGCCCUGCAGGACUCCCUGGUACAGAUCCUGCAACCCAAGCGGCGUGUGGACAUCCUGAGAGACGUCUUGGAGGCUCAGAGCCAGCGCAGGCCCUUCGUCAUUACCUUCUGUGGGGUCAACGGGGUUGGCAAGUCCACCAACCUCGCCAAGAUCUCUUUCUGGCUAAUCGAGAACGGUUUCACCGUGCUGAUAGCAGCCUGUGACACAUUCCGUGCGGGGGCCGUGGAGCAGCUGCGUACCCACCAGCGCCGCCUUAACUCCCUGCACCCCCCUCAGGACGACGGGGGACGGCCUGUAGUGCAGCUUUAUGAGAAAGGCUACGGGAAGGACGCCGCUGGCAUCGCCAUGGAGGCUAUCGCCUAUGCCCGUAACCAGGCCUUUGAUGUGGUGCUGGUGGACACAGCUGGACGGAUGCAGGACAACACCCCACUGAUGACGGCCCUGGCCAAGCUGAUAGCUGUCAACAUGCCUGACCUGGUGCUGUUUGUGGGGGAGGCGCUAGUGGGCAACGAGGCUGUGGACCAGCUAGUGAAAUUUAACCAGGCGCUGGCUGAUCACUCCAUGUCUGAUAAGCCACGUCUCAUUGAUGGGAUCGUUCUCACCAAGUUUGACACCAUUGAUGACAAGGUUGGCGCUGCUAUCUCAAUGACCUACAUCACAGGACAGCCCAUUGUGUUUGUCGGCACGGGCCAGACCUACAAUGACCUGCGGAGCCUCAAUGCCCGCGCUGUGGUGGGCGCCCUUAUGAAGGCCUGAGUGGCUGCUGCCUGCAUCUGUGUUCACCAUCGUGACAAAGCCAACCAAACACUGCACUUUGAGAUGUCCGGUCCUGCUAACCCUGUCCUGCAGUUCACAUCCUAACUAUGAUCCUCCACAUGGCACCAAACGCAAAACUCACAGGCUUCCUCCCAGCUCCGUCUGGGAACGGGGCGGUUGUUGACUUUUAAGCAACAUUUAGAAAGCGAGAAAUGGCACUAAGGUCUCUUGCAUCCUCUGUAAACUGUUGGUCCAAAUUCAAAAGUACCUCAAUUUUGUUUAGCUUUAAAAUGUGGUGAAGUAAAACGAGACAUUUCCUGACUUUAUAUCCGAUCAAAUAGAGGAUGUCAAAUUCACUUCCUGGCAUUUGGUGUCUUUUUUCCCCUUCACUUCAAUGAGAAAAUGUCAGGUAUGAAUGCUUGCUGGAGGUGACACGUUUCAGCAGCCACCCUGUCCCUGAGUAAAGCUUAGUGAUCAUAGUGCCUAUCCCGUCUCCCUGAAGCAUCACCACUGCAGGGGUGACAGUCUGCUUAAAACAUCAAUAAGCCUGCACUACAUCCAGCAACUAUCUUCUGUUUCUCUUGCUCUCCAUGAUGGACCACUAUAACCCCCCCGAUGCCCCCGCAAUUGGAGAGUUCAAUGCCCCUUCAAUUUGGUGGAGGUGAAGAGACAUGGGUUAUUACAUGUGGGGUUAAAAGUCCAGAGACGUCAAAGGUCUCUGGACAACUGGAGCAAUAGCUUUCUACCCCUUUGUCAUUUUUAAAACAAAAUAACAAAGGGUCAAAAAAUGUCUUACAUUUUUCCAAUCCCUAUAAUUUGCAGUAGUGCUAUAUAGAUGUCAAUUUGAGAAUGUAAACAUUUCUAAAUAAAGCUGCUAUAAUAACCUGUA